AUGAACGUCAAGAAGGAGGCAAAGAAAAACGAUGAAAAUGUUUCAACGCCCUCCCGAAAGCGCCCGCAGAGCAACACCGCUGUGGAGCGCAGAAGCCGCCUGAUCCCGUUCCUGGAGCUCGUGGUGGCGCACGUGUCUAUCCUGACCAUACUGGCCAUCAGCUUCGAGCGCUACUACGCCAUCUGCCAGCCACUCAAAGCUGGCUACACGUGCACGAAGACACGCGCGCUCGGCAUCAUCACCGCCUUAUGGCUUCUGUCUACGUUGGUCACCAGUCCGAUGCUGUUGGUGUCCCAGUACGGCUGGGUGGAGUACUAUGACGGAAGUACGGUGCCUUCGUGCGGCACCUCGUUCGGGCGACCUUGGCGGCGUCUGUACAUUGUGGCCACAAUGGCACUGCUCUUUGCAUUACCCUUCUUCGUGCUUGUUAUCGUGUACGCGAGCAUAGCGUGCCAGCUUGUGCGGCAACGCGCCAUCGGUAGCACUCCGGUUCCCGAAGAGGCGCACCUGCAGGCUCGCCGCCAGCUGGUAUUCAUGCUGGUCGCCGUCGUGGUCAGCUUCUUCGUCUGCUUGCUACCCUACCGGAUGCUCAUCCUCUGGAUCAUCGUCUCUCCCGCACCAGUCGAAGCGCAGGUAAAAAGCUUUUGUCGCUUCGCAAUAAGGGGCGCUGCAACGCUACAUGAAAAGGCGAGUCAAAUGUGA